CCAAGUAAAAACAAAAAAAAACAAAAACCCUCUUUAAAUCCCUAGCGUCCCAACCCAUAAAAAGAAUCAGCUGCAGUCUUCGAAUCGGAUCCUUUAAAUCGGAAGAAUGGGUUUAACGAAUUUCAUACUGACGGUGGCGGGAGUAGGCGCCGUGGUGAUGCUACUGAAGAGCGACGUCAAACAAUCUGUCACCGUCUUGAGGCGCAACGUCAAGCACAUCCGCCACUGGCUCGAAGAAGAAACCUCCGCCGCCUCCAAAGCAGCGCAGUCCAUUAAACCAAAGGAAAUUGAAACCAAGCUUCCCGGGAAGGACAUUCCCAAAGAGAAGAAUUAGUCUGAUGUUUUUAUUUUUUCAGGUUGCUGCUUGAUUUAUGACUUUGGUAUCAACACCAUUAGUUUUUUUUUUUUUUUUUUUUUUUUUGUUCACUAACACCAUUAGUUUACUGUCUCAAUCUCACCUCUUAACGUUUGAAGUAAAACACAAUAAUAUAAUCUCUCGUCUUUUUUUAUUUUUCAAUAUAGUUUUACAAUGACGUCGUUUUCC